CUUUGACCAACGAUUCCUACUAUGGCCGAAGAGACUGCUUCAUCAGCUCUUACAGAUAGUACGAGUACGGCACUAGAAGCUCCUGGAAAAUCUACCAGAGUCGCGCUUCCUGUUCCGGAAUUGAGUUCAGAUGAAGAGGAGGAUGCCGAGGAGCAAUACGAAGGAGAGGCGGGUGACUUCCUGCAGGACUGGCCGGACGAUACAGAGGACCUUGAAUUAGUGCAUUCUCGCAUCAGCUCCUUGGAUGAACUCCGCCUUGCAAGAUUUGCCAGCCAUCUCAAGCGUCUAUGCCUUCGCCAAAAUCAUAUCUCAGUCCUCGAUGCGGAGGUGUUCCAACAUUUGACUAAACUUGAAGAACUCGACUUGUACGAUAACAAAAUCAAAGAUCCAGGGCAUGCACUAGAUCAUCUAUCCAAUCUUUCAGUUCUUGAUCUCUCCUUCAACCUCAUUCGGACGAUACCUGACUCACUAUCUCGUUUGACGUCGCUGACAACGAUAUACUUCGUUCAGAAUCGCAUUUCCACAAUUACUGGUUUAGAUUAUCUGACCUCUCUAAGGAGCCUCGAGCUCGGCGGCAAUCGAAUUCGUAAAAUCGAAAAUCUCAAUGCUUUGGUGAAUCUGGAAGAACUUUGGUUAGGAAAGAACAAAAUCACGAAGCUGGAGAAUAUGUCAAAUCUGCGAAAACUCAAGAUCCUGUCUAUUCAAUCAAACCGAAUCACCGUGAUCGAAGGAUUGCAAGAACUCACUAAUUUGGAAGAGUUAUAUCUCAGUCAUAACGGUGUGAAGAGACUGGAAGGAUUGGAGAAGAACAUCAACCUUCGGACACUCGAUGUAGGCAAUAACUUCAUAUCUGCCAUCGAAAACGUAUCGCACUUGAUACGCCUUGAAGAACUAUGGAUGAACGGAAAUCAAAUACCAGACCUACGUGCCCUUGAGUUGCAAUUGGGUCACAUAUCAACUCUUGAAACGUUGUAUCUGGAAGGAAACCCGUGUCAGAAAAACGAUGCGUCGGGAUACCGUAGAAAGAUCAUGCUGGCUUUGAAACAGCUUAAGCAGAUAGACGCGACAUAUGUCAAGGUCUAAAUAAUAGCCAAGAACUGAGUAAUAGGAUCGAGUAUCUGAAUAUUGGAUUAUAUUAUACACAAUAUAUACUGUACAUACAGUUCUGA